AAGAAAAAGGGUCCCAUGAUCUCUGCCGGUGAUGCCGAGUUCCCGCGGGAUUACCACACCUUGGUGGCCGGCGGCGGCCGCGGGGCCAGGCGUUUCCUCGACAACACCAACGGGGGGUUCACCUCUUCCUCACUGGACCGCCGGCACAACUCCGUGGCCGCCAAGAGCCUGGAGGCCCUGAACAGCAUCCACAAGAGUGACAUCGAGCGCCAGCGAGACGCUUUCAUGGACCUCCAGAAAAACAAGUACCCCAACAGCCCCGGUAGCAUGUCCGUGUCCCAGGGCUCCGCUACGACAGGUGGACGACAGCAACAGCCAAACUACUGGAGCUUCAAGGCCCGCACACCUCGUGUGACCCGACCUAACUCCACUCAGCCGGCUCUUGCCGACCAGGCCAGCAGGGUUUCCUUUGCAUCAGCUGAGAAUCUGGAGACCAUGUCGGAGGCUGACAUUCCCCUCGGCUUCAACCGGAUGAACCGGCUCCGCCAGAGUCUGCCACUUGCCCGCUCGUCCAGCCAGACAAAAUUGCGGGCACCAGGCAUUUUGUUUCUCCAGCUUGGGGAGGAGAUACGGAGGGUGCAUCUGACCCACGAGUUGACCAGCCUGGAGACUCUGAGGGCUCUCAUCGUGCACAUGUUCCCUCAGAGGCUCACCAUGGCCAUGCUCAGGUGUCCCAGCACGGCUUUGCUGAUCAAAGAUGAGACGCGUAAUGUCUUCUAUGAGCUGGAGGACCCUCGGGAUGUGCAGGACCGCUGUGUCAUCAAAAUCUACUGCAAAGAGCCCAUCUAUGGCACCUACCCUGGACACCACAACCCCCACCUAGCUAACGGAGACCUCCGGAGGGAAAUGGUGUAUGCACCUCAGGACUCCCCGCCCAACCGUCGCCUCAGCAACCCACCCGUCUCCUCCCAGCACUCCACCUCCUCUGCCUCGCCUCCCCAGGGCUCGCCGUCCAGGGCCCGACUCCUCUACAGCGGCAGCCGGCCUUCCUCCUACGCCGGGCCCCCCCAUCACACCCACUCCCUCCCCCAUCCUCAUUCCCACCACUCCUCACCCCACCACCCCCAGCAGCUUCACCAGCCCCAUCACACCCAACAGGCCUUCUGCUCCUCCCCCAGCGCCAUCCUGGAACGCAGGGAUGUGAAGCCUGAUGAAGAGGUGGGGGGAUCAAGGAGUGUGGUGCUGCUGCGGGGGGAGGACCGCGGUGGAGGGGGAAUCUAUGCGGACCCCUAUGCUCUGGGUGCAGACACGGGCCGACUGAGCCUCGCGGGAGGGCCUCAUUCCCCUCUCCCUGCCAGAGCAGAUCCUUACAGCUCCCUGUACCGCCGGGGGGGAGGAGCAGGAGGAGGAGGUGCUGGAUCGGUACGCUCCCUCACUUCCUAUUCAGCAGCUGCCCUACAGGGGGAGUUGAUGGAGAGCAGCGCCCUCUACAGGCCUGGGGGACCGCUGUACAACGAUGCCUACGCAGCGUCCAUGUUGGCCAUGGGGUUUCGGGUACCGCCGCCCUCGUCCCCGCAGAAGAUACCCGAUAUGAGAGAUUCCUACUCAGGCACCCUGCCCAGCCGCGGAUCCCCCGGAAGGCAGAGUUUGCGUCGGGACUCGGUGACCUCCUCAGUGUUUGGGGACAGUCCCAAAUCCAGAGGUCAGAGCCCAGGGUUAAGUCUGGGCUCAGAGCAACUGUGUCUGAUGGCUGGUCUUGGCGUAGAGGGAGGGAGCUCUGCAGCGUUGACCUCAUCUCUGAUGGGAAAUGAGACUGAGACCAGGGAGCGCAUGGAGGCUAUGGAGAAGCAAAUAGCCAGCCUGACAGGUCUGCUGCAGAGUGUGCUGAGCAGAGGGCCCGAUGUAGACAGCCCGGAGAAGAUUGAGUCGGCCAGUGACUGCUCAGGAACUGACACUGGACGGUCUAAAAAAAAGAAAGUUCUGACACCGUCAGCUCCGUUGGCCCUGAUGCCACCUCCGUCCGUAGGAGCCAGCCAGCCGCUCACAGUGUCCCGUCUGCAGAUGCAGCUCCACCUGCAGGGCCUGCAGCAGAACACCAACGCACUGCGCAAACAGCUGUCUCAGCUGCGCAACAUACAGUUGGAAAAUCAGGACUCAGUCCUGGCCCUGCUGAAGCAAACAGAGUCGGAGCUCAGCCUCAUGAUGCUGGACGCCAUGCGUACGCAGGAGGACCCGCUCCAGAGACAGCGCCUCCUGGUGGAGGAAGAAAGACUCAAGUACCUUAACCAGGAGGAGCUGCUCAUUCAGCAAUUGCAUGACCUCGAGAAGUCCGUGGAGGAGCUUCAGAGAAACUCGUCGGUCAACCAUGGCCUGGUGACGGAGCAGGAUGUGGAGCAGAAGAGUAAAGAGCUAAGGGCGCUGGGAGAGACCUUGACAGAGCUCAAGAACCAGUUUCCCAGCCUGCAGAGUAAGAUGCGGGUGGUGCUGCGGGUGGAGGUGGAGGCUGUUAAGUUCCUGAAGGAGGAGCCACACCGGCUGGAUGCUCUGCUGAAGCGAUGCAACACUAUGACUGACGCGCUCACCAUGCUGCGCAGUGUAUCGUAUUCCCCCUGUAUGUACAGACAAGUCACUGAGGGUGUGUGGAAAGGUCCGGAAGACCUCUCCAGCCAACCGUUGAAGAGAACAGAUGACGGGGGGCGAAACGCUGAACUUGACAUCCUCAACAGUCCUCCUCUUAGUCUCAAUGACCUGAACAGCAGCUCAGGCCUGGCCAACUGGAUGCCUGUGUCAGGUGGUGACGCAGACAUCUCAGGCCCAGAGCAAGACAUCCAGCCUUCAAUGACCUUCAGAAACCGGGUUCUGGAUGAGCUGCCAAGCCGCCGUCCCCCUGAUAAGUCUGUGUCGGCCGAAGUCAGACUGGCGGCGGAGCGGGACUGGGAGGAGAAGCGGGCCAGCCUGACCCAGUUCAGUGCCCAGGACAUAAACCGGCUGCUGGAGGAGACGCAGGCUGAGCUGAUGAAGGCCAUCCCGGACCUGGACUUCGCUGCCAGGCAUAUCAACAAGCCAGCUGUGCCCCCCAAGCCCCAGAUCACCAUCCCAAUCACCUCCACCAUAGCCACCUCUGCUGCAGCUGGGACGGCUGGCACUACAACCACCAGUACAACCACCACCAACUCCACCACCAACACCUCCGGCGGGGACCAGCACCCUGGUAAGGUGCAGAUGGCUGCCCAGAAGCUGAACAGUUUGGAAGGUGCUGGUACACGUCGUGGGUCUGCCGAGCUCACAGUGGCCAGGUACCGCACAGAGAAGCCCUCCAAGUCCCCGCCCCCACCUCCGCCUCGCCGCAGCUUCCCAUCGGCACAUGGCCUCACCACCAACCGCACUGGGGAGGUCAUUGUCACCACCAAGAGUCCGAAGCUGGAAGAGGAUGGCGAUGUACCUAAAACCCUGGUGAAGCUGAGGCGUGCCCCUUCUGAUACCCCGAGACCCGCCUCCACCCCGCCUGUCAUCGCAGCGUCAGCCAUUCAGGAUGAGGAUGACGAAGAGAAAAUUAUUGCCGAGUUAGAGAUAUUUCAGAGAGCCUCUGUUAAAGAUCCCCCUUGUAGUAAAUGGUCCAACAUGCUACCGAGGGCCACCCCUACCCUUCCCUGCACCCUCGGGUCCUUGAAACGAAAGAGUGCCAGUAAUUCCCCUGGCCCAGCCAAGGGACCCCAGCCCACUGUGGCAGCCAGGCUCAAACACCUCCAACAAGGAAGCCUGGAAAGGCCCAAGACCCGCAAGCAGAAAGAAGAUUUCUCCAAAGUCCAGGGCCAGCAGCAGGUAUUCCACUUCUGA